UCCUCCGGACCGGUAGAUGGCAGACACGGCAAAAGAACAACCUCGAAAUGCUACCGUUUUUGUCAUUGUGAAGAGAUAGACAACAACAAGGAAGCUGCAGGUUUUGCAACUAUACCGAGGAAUUAGAAACGUGUGGCUUUGCCAUUUAAACUAAAGGACGCGACGUACCUGGUUCCUCUGAGCGGCUCCAGGAUUCAUUAACAGUUCUGUUGGGAUGGACCUGUCGCAAGCAGCCCCUCUCCUGCAGAAUUCUCAGCAGGCCGGCCCGGGGCACAAGCAGCGCGUGUUCACCGGUGUCGUCACCAGCAUGCAUGAUUAUUAUGGGCUGGUGGAUGAAGAGGUUCUCUUCCAGCUCAGCGUGGUGAAGGGACGUGUGCCGCUGGUGGGAGAGAAGGUCCUGGUUAAAGCGAUCUACAACCCCGGGCAGAGCAUGAAGUGGAACGCACAGAAAGUCCAGGCAGUUAAUAACCAGUCCCUCUUGAAGUCUCUGCCGUCCCUUCUUCCAGCGAUGGGGCAGCCACAGAAGCAAGGCAUUCUGGGAAACAAACCGCAGCCUCUCCUCCAGGCUCCCUUAAUCCCACCAUUAAUACCCAGCAUGCAGCAGCCCCCUCAAAAACCCGGACUCCUGCAGACCCCGCCCCACCUCUACCCCCACCCCCACCCCCAGCACCAGCACCAGCACCCCAGGCAGGGCCAGUUCGAUCCACGUGGAGGGGGGAGGAGACGGCACGGAGACGGAGGGAGGCGUGCGGGCCGAUGGGAUGACGGUGGGGGCUGGUGUGGGGACCGCGUGUCUCAGAAGCGGAGGAAGCUGAGGGGCACCCAGGAGGAACCCCUGAAGAAAGCCAGCGUCCAGCCGCCCCGAUACUGGCCUCUCUUCUCGCGCUUCUCUCGAGACAGCUCUGCCUGCGACACUCUGGAGGUGCUACGUCGAUACCCGCAGCUGGCACUGCCCGAUGACUUCUUCGACCUGCGACUGAGCUGGGUGGAGACCUUCCCAGUCACCCGACCCCUGACCCUGGGCUUCCCCAGCCCCUUCCACGUAUCAGAGGCGAGGGCGGACCCUGACCCGGCCCAGCCUGCAGACACGGACCCCUCCUACAGCGCCAAGGUGAUGCUCCUGUCUACCCCAGGGCUGGAGGAGAUGUACCAGAAAUGCUGCUGUCUGUCUGAAGAGCAGAAGGAGGUUUCUGCAGGGCCAGUGCACCCCACCACGCUCAUCAAGUUCUUGGUUGGGCUGAAGCAGGAGGAGGCAGUGGUUCUGGGGGGAGCCUGGUCCCCUUCUCUGGAUGGGUCCAAACCGGUCAAAGACCCCCUGGUUCUGAUCCGAACUGCUGUGCGCUGCACCAAGGCACAAACCGGGCUGGACUUGAGCACUUGUUCUCAGUGGUUCAAGUUUGCGGAGGUACGGUACCUGCGAGCUGGGCUGGUGGAGACCACAGUGUUCUUCCUCCCAGACGUGUGGCACAGCCUGCCCUCCAUGUCGGAGUGGGAAGGCCUGCUGCUGGCACACAAUCCAGGCACAGAGAGCAGCCACUCCCCAGAUUCGGACCAGGCAGUGGAGGAGAGCGCUGCUGUGGACAGCCGGACCCCCGAGCCGCUGGGGGCUCUACCGGAUGAGCCUGCUCUCCUUGUGCACCCCAGAGAAGGGCUGCCCUGCGCCACCCUGCCCCUCAGCUCACUGCUCAAGUACAGGAACAGCCCUGGACACAACAGCUUUGAGGUAGACGCUGCCCAGCCCACAGCACCCCCCCCCCCACCACAGCCAGUUGAGCCACAGAAAAAGGAUGACGAGGAGGAGGGAGUGAGGAAGGAAGGGGCGGAGCCUCAGCGAGCGGAGGAGAGGAGGAAGAUGAAGGAGGAAGUGCUGGAAGAGGACUGCCUGCUGCUGCAGGACGAUGACAAAGAUAAUUUCGGAGUCGUCCAAGAGGAGGGGGAGAUGAAUCCGGUCCUGUCUCGUCUUUCAGACCCCAGCUCCACCAAAGAGACGGACAAGGAGCCCUGCAGCUCGCUGGUGCUGUCCCGGGACAUCCUCCUAGCCUUUGUCUACUUCGAUCACAAUUUCUGCGGCUUCCUCCUGGACAAGGACCUGGAGGAGAUCGUGCUGUCGCUGGGGCUGCACCUCUCUCGGGCACAGGUGACAGAGCUGGUGACAAAGGUGGUGUCCCAGAAUGCGUGUCACUACCAGGGGCUGGCUGAGCGCUGGGAGGGGGACACAGAGCCACGGGACAGCAAGACCCUCGCCGCAGACCCCAAACUGCAAGGAAACGUCUCUCUGCUACCCCCCGUGUCUGUGAAGGGCAGCGGCCGGCAGUCUCAGCGGUCAGGGUCCGGGGGGUCUGAGAUGGUCACUCACAACGGCGCGGCGGUGCACCUCGGAAACCUGCUGCAGAAACUGGAGCGUGUCGAGAGCACCCGGGUGCACCUGGAGGAUAGGAUCCGCAGUCUGGAGACCAGGCUGGGGGAGGCAGGGGAGCAGGUGUCUGUGGAGGAGGCGCAGAGGAAGAGGCUGGCCUCGGGGCUGGAGGCUGCACAGAAGAGCCUGGCCGAGGCGUUGGACAAGUUGAAGACGGAGGAGAAACGCAGCGCCUCUUACGAGAAGCUGCUGAAGGAAAGCAAGGGGAAUAUGGUUUCCGUCAUUGAAAAGAUGCAGAGCAUUGUGAAUAAGACCUGCAGCGUGGUCGAAACCGGGAGCGAUGCUUCGGACAAGGUUUGAAGACUGGCAAAGGCAGAUCUACAGGGACACUGCUGUGCUGUGGAGCCCUGCCAGCCUGCCAGCAGUGCCAUUCUGAGCCAGUUUACCUCCCCAGCACUGUCCCUGAGCAGCACAGCUACCUGCCUCUUGCACUGUAGACUUUUGCACCGUGCCAUAUCAACACACACGUGCAAGUGUGCAGGAAAGAGGCUGCAAGCUUGCCGUACUGAAUCUCAAGAAGAAUCACUGGGACCCGUUGAGAAACGGAGACCCCAUAGACUGCGCUGCUGUGGUUUAUUCUGUCUCCUAAACCACACGGCGCCACUGAAAUGAGGAAAUGACAUUUUUUGUACGUUUUUAAAUAUGGCUUUGCGGCUGUGCCCCUUUAGAGUUUUGUUUGUUAUUUGAUUUCUAUUUUAUAUUAUUUUAAUUUUUUUUUACAGAUGUAUGCAGGCUACCCCCUCGCUCCCAAAUUUGACCAUUCUUGCAGUUUUACUUGGAUUUUUCUUUUCUGUAAAAAAAAAUAAAAAUAUUUCGCGUAUAUUUUCACAAAGUAUGUCACUUUCUAUCUUACUUCAGGGAUGUUAAUUAAAAAAAAAAAAAAAUAACGAACAGUGGAUUAUUUCACUAGAAGUUACUGUAAUAAAGAAAACUUUUACCCAUC